AUGUUUAGUUAUGUAACUGCCCAAGGCUACACAGUUUGUGAUGACUCUUCAAGUUUGUCGCCAGUUAUUCCUAUUCCUGAGCCUAUUUAUUGUCAGCCAACAAUAAAUUAUUAUGACGUUAGAAAAGUGUUAGAUAGUCCUGGUGAUGACAAUAUAUCGGAUUUAUUGUGGUUAUUGCGAUUCGUUUAUGGUAACAUGCCAAUUGUAGUAAACUACUAUGAUCGGAGAUCAGAUUACGGUUAUUAUGAUCGCUCUCCGGAUGUAUUGUCUAUUGUUUCUGGUGCUAUUUCUGAUCAAACAACUUCAGUCACAGUAAACUAUCAUGACGCUAGACCAAAUUAUGAGACUUUAUUGCUAUCAAAUGUAUUGGAAUUUAUUCAUGAUCCUAUCAAAUUGAAUUACCUUCGCUGGUAUCCUGAAUCAGAUGAUAGUAAUUUAUUAAGUUCAUUGUUUAUCCCUAGCCAACAGCAUGUCAAUUAUACUUUUAUUCCUGGACAACAACCUGCAAGUUAUAUUGCUGAGCAAUGGUUUACUAGUAAUGUCAUUGUUCCUGGAUUCGUCAAUAAUACCUUUAUUCCUGCAAGUCAUAUUAUUGUUCCUGGACAACAUAUCACUGUUGAUGGUCAACAACCUGCAAGUUAUAUUAUUGCAUCUGGCCAACAGACUGCAAGCCAUAUAAUUGUUCCUGAACAACUACCUCCUAUAAUUGGUCAUAGAAAAAGAGGAAUGGAGAGAACACAAUAUGGUCAAACACAAGAUAGUUUACCACAAUUCACCUUAAUAUCACACUGA